GGUCCCUGCGAGCGGUGAUUGGUCGUCGUCGCCCCGAAGACCCCGCGGGGCUGGCGUAGGCUGCGCGCUCAGGGGAGGGGCGCGGCGCGGAGUCCUGCGCCAGCUGUCCUGUCUGCCCGCCGCGGGUCCCUCCUGCAGCCCCCCUGCUGGGCAGGGCCGGCGCGGCCCGUCCAUGGAGUCCUACGACAUCAUCGCCAACCAGCCUGUGGUCAUCGACAACGGCUCGGGGGUGAUCAAGGCUGGCUUUGCUGGAGAUCAGAUUCCUAAAUACUGUUUCCCAAACUAUGUCGGGCGGCCUAAGCACAUGCGGGUGAUGGCUGGAGCCCUGGAGGGGGACCUCUUCAUUGGACCCAAGGCAGAGGAGCACCGGGGGCUGCUGACCAUUCGCUACCCCAUGGAGCAUGGCGUGGUGCGUGACUGGAAUGACAUGGAACGUAUCUGGCAGUACGUGUACUCCAAGGACCAGCUGCAGACCUUCUCGGAGGAGCACCCUGUUCUCCUAACUGAGGCCCCGCUCAACCCCAGCAAGAACCGGGAGAAGGCGGCAGAGGUAUUCUUCGAGACCUUCAAUGUGCCAGCCCUGUUCAUCUCCAUGCAAGCUGUGCUCAGCCUGUACGCAACAGGACGCACAACAGGAGUGGUUUUAGACUCAGGGGAUGGGGUCACUCAUGCUGUCCCCAUCUAUGAGGGCUUCGCCAUGCCACACUCCAUCAUGCGGGUAGACAUUGCCGGCCGGGAUGUGUCCCGCUACCUCCGGCUGCUGCUGCGCAAGGAAGGGGCCGAUUUCCACACGUCAGCAGAGUUCGAGGUGGUGCGGACCAUCAAGGAGCGAGCCUGCUACCUGUCCAUCAACCCACAGAAGGACGAGGCACUGGAGACGGAGAAGGUGCAGUACACCCUGCCCGACGGCAGCACGCUUGACGUUGGGCCUGCACGCUUCCGGGCCCCUGAGCUGCUGUUCCAGCCAGACCUGGUGGGGGACGAGAGUGAGGGCCUGCAUGAGGUGCUGGCCUUCGCCAUCCACAAGUCUGACAUGGACCUUCGCCGCACGCUCUUUGCCAACAUCGUGCUCUCAGGUGGCUCUACGCUGUUCAAAGGCUUUGGAGACCGGUUACUGAGCGAGGUGAAGAAACUUGCUCCUAAGGAUGUCAAGAUCAAGAUCUCUGCCCCUCAGGAAAGGCUGUAUUCCACGUGGAUCGGGGGCUCCAUCUUGGCCUCGCUGGAUACUUUUAAGAAGAUGUGGGUAUCCAAAAAGGAGUAUGAAGAGGAUGGCUCUCGUGCUAUUCAUCGAAAGACCUUCUGAUGCCCAGGAGGGUGGAAUGUGUCGGGAGAAGGGGCACCCAGAGGCCGGGACCCUUUCUGGUCGGGGUCCCCCGCAUGCCUUGAGCCCCCAGCAGGCGGUGCCCUGCACAAAUGCGCGAAUACACACAUACACACGCACACAUAAUUUUUAGCUGCAUGGAUGCCAGCUCCAGCUGGAGCCGAGGCAUUGAGGAGCCUGCAGUGGGUUAAUCGGGGCGUCUCUCUUGUGAGCCCCGUUAGGCCAAGGGCUCCUUGCUCUGACUUUUGGAGUUGCUUUCCAGAGCUCCAGGACCAGACGCCCAAAUCCCCCACGUCCUCUGGCAGGUGCCACCCCAGGCCCGGAGAACACUGAGGUCUGAGGAGCAGGCUGGAAGAGGCAGCCGCAGAGCAGGCAGGGGUGCGUCUUAUGCUGCCGCCUCUGCCGGCCCCACCCCAUGGCUACCCACAACUGUGCACAGGUCCCCAGCAAGGGCUCCCAGGCGCUGGGGCAGCCACAGUGGGUAGCCUGUCACUCUCCCCUCCGAGUGUGGCAGUGAUGGCCGCUCCUCUCCCUGCCCCAUACCCUGGCCAGGAAGGGUCGAGGUCUGCGCUUAUGGAGGAAAGCAGGGAAAGAGGAGUCGAGCAGGGGCUAGGCAGGCCUCCCACCCCGAGAACGGGGUCUUCGCCGCAGCCAGGCCCCGCCUCGCUCUCCAGAUGCACCCCAUAACUUAACACAGUUGCCUGAGAAAAACGUUCUUUUAUAAAUCAUAGGAAUAAUUAUGGA